CUGGUGCGGUGGCAGAGACGGGAAUAGGGGUGAACUGGGGGACGGUGUCGUUCCGGAAGCUAAAGCCGACGACGGUGGUUGAUCUGCUGAAAGAUAAUAAGAUUGGGAAGGUGAAGUUGUUCGAGGCAGAGGAGGAGGUGUUGAAGGCACUGAUGGGGAGUGGGAUUGAGAUCAUGCUUGGCAUCCCUAACGAGCAUCUCUCUCUCUUGAGCUCAUCUCCUUCAGCUGCAGACAUGUGGAUUCAGAAGAAUGUUUCUGCUUAUAUGUCCAAGCAUGGCGCUCUUAUCAGGUAUAUUGCUGUUGGAAAUGAGCCAUUCCUGACGAGUUAUAAUGGUGAAUUUCAGAAUUUUGUGAUUCCGGCAAUACAGAAUCUACAAGAGUCCAUAGUGAAAGCAAAUCUAGCUGGCUCUGUAAAACUAGUUGUGCCAUGCAAUGCAGAUGCCUAUGAGUCCACAGUUCCAUCCCAAGGUGCAUUCAGGCCAGAACUGACCCAGAUAAUGACUCAGCUGGUUCAGUUCCUCAACUCAAAUGGAGCCCCAUUCAUUGUUAAUAUCUAUCCAUUUCUCAGCCUCUAUGACAAUGGAGAGUUCCCUCAAGACUAUGCAUUCUUUGAGGGAACAACUCAUCCUGUCAUAGAUGGCCCCAAUGUUUACACCAAUGCCUUUGAUGGCAACUAUGACACUUUGGUUGCAGCUCUCAGUAAACUUGGGUAUGGCCAGAUGCCUAUUGUCAUUGGAGAAAUCGGAUGGCCCUCCGAUGGAGCCAUGGGUGCGAAUAUCACUGCAGCAAGGGUCUUCAAUCAAGGCCUAGUCAAUCAUGUCCUAAGCAACAAAGGGACACCGUUGAGGCCGAAUUCACCGCCUAUGGAUAUUUAUAUCUUUAGCCUGCUGGAUGAAGGAGCAAAGAGCAUACUUCCAGGAAGCUUUGAGAGACACUGGGGGAUAUUCUCUUUUGAUGGAAAACCUAAAUAUCCAUUGAACCUUGGCCUUGGAAACAAGGAGUUGAAGAAUGCAAAGAAUGUUGAGUACCUACCUUCAAGAUGGUGUGUGGCAAGCGCUUCCAGUGAUAUGAAUAAUGUGGCAAACCAUGUGAGAAUGGCAUGCAGUGUUGCAGACUGCACUACUCUAAACUAUGGAGGUUCUUGUAAUGGAAUUGGAGAAAAGGGUAACAUUUCAUACGCCUUUAAUAGUUACUAUCAGCUGCAAAUGCAAGAUGCAAGAAGCUGCAAUUUUGAUGGUCUUGGUGUGGUUACUUCUAGAGACCCUUCAGUUGGGGCUUGUCGUUUUAUUUUGGGAGUUAAGGAUAAAGAUUCUGAUUCAUCUGCUUCUCAGAUAACAACAACAUAUAAAUAUCAUCUCUGCAUUCUGCUGGUAAUUUUAAUUAUCCAAUGGAUUUUUUAAGUCUCAGUGUGGGAAUUUAUCAAUUUAGAGGUUUCAUGAGCAGGUUUUUGAUGGAUGAUGGAUCUGGAAGUAAAAGUAGAAUAGCUGAUGUAAGCAAUUAGAAACAUACCAAACAGCAUUAUUGAUCUGCAGCUCACCAUAUAUUAUUCACUCAAUGUAUAUCAUACAAGAG